GUAUAUACUAUGCCAGAGUACCUUAAGAAACGGUUUGGUGGUCAACGCUUGCAAGUCUACAUGUCACUGUUGUCUUUAUUGUUGUACGUCUUCACUAAAAUAUCGGUGGACAUAUAUGCAGGGGCAAUAUUUAUUCAACAAACAGUCGGAUGGAACAUGUACCUUGGUAUUAUAGUUAUACUAGUGGUGACCGCCAUCUUUACUAUGUCUGGCGGUCUCCGAGCGGUAAUAUAUACGGAUGUUUUGCAAACUGUGAUAAUGAUAGGUGGGUCGAUGGUGCUCAUGGUAAUAAGUAUUGUUAAGAUAGGGGGUUUGGACAAACUGUACGACGAAUACCCUAAAGCUAUUCCAAGCGUUCUUAUGAAUAAGUCCGAGUGCGGGACACCUACGGAUGAAGCGUUCCACCUCCUCCGAGAUCCAGUCACGGGUGAUCUCCCUUGGCCAGGAAAUGUGCUCGGUAUUACAAUUCUGGGAAUGUGGUACUUCUGUUCAGACCAGGUGCUGGUUCAAAGGUCAUUGGCGGCUAAGAACAUGUUGCACGUGAAAGGCGGCUCGAUUUUCGCUGGUUAUUUGAAAUUGACACCAUUAUUUACGGUUGUUUUUCCUGGGAUGAUUAGUAGAGUAUUGUUUACAGACGAGAUCGCAUGUGUAGAUCCUGACGUGUGUAGUGUUGUGUGUGGAAAUCCAGCGGGUUGUACGAAUAUUGCAUAUCCGAAACUUGUUGUAGAACUAAUGCCAAUAGGAUUAAAAGGUUUGAUGCUAGCAGCCAUGAUGGCCGCGUUGAUGAGUUCUCUGACGUCAGUAUUCAACAGUGCCAGCACAAUAUUUACAAUGGAUAUUUGGCACAGAAUGCGUAGAAAGGCCACUGACAGAGAACUUCUUGUUGUUGGAAGGUUGUUUGUUUUGAUUCUUGCUAUUGUAAGUGUGAUAUGGAUACCCGUUUUGCAACUUUCCCAAGGGGGACUACUCUUUAAUUACAUACAGUCCGUAACUGGUUAUCUUGCGCCUCCUGUACUGUCAGUGUACGUUCUUGCAAUACUGUGGAAAAGGACUAAUGAAAAGGGUGCAUUCUGGGGUCUUGUUGUUGGUUUUAUAGUGGGUGUUAUUCGGAUGGGACUUGAUUUCGGAUAUGGAAGUCCCGGAUGUGGCGAAGAGGAUUACAGACCAACCGUAGUUUCAAAAAUACAUUUUCUACACUUCACAAUUAUUCUGUUUCUAACAAGUAUACUAGCAACUGUCAUAUUCACGCUUUGUUCAUCUCCAAUGAAGGACAAAGAUUUAACUCGGUUGACUUGGUGGACUCGUCAUCAACUCAAAGACCUCGAACCUGUUGAUAAAGAACUUACAGAAUUAACUACAGAGAAUGAGGUUCCAGAUACGACUGAGGAAAGAAAUCCAAAUGUCGAGUCACCUGACCGAAUUUCGGAACACGUGACAGAUGAGCCUGUUUCUGCGUGGCAGCGCUUUACUACUGUUAUUUUGGGACCAGGACCAGAAUCAAAAAUUAACACAGACGCUGGCGCAGCCGACAAAAUGCACCACCUGACGUCCAAAGAAGAGGACCCGAAAUGGAGCAGUUUCGUGAACUUCAACGCCAUUCUCCUUAUGUUAAUUGCAAUGUUUUUAUGGGGAUAUUAUCGUUGAAUGUAACGAUCUGAAAUUUAAUACAAAUGUAAAUGUCUAAAGGAAGUGGUCUUUUGCAGACGAUAUUCUUACAACAUAAAGCUUACCAGUUAUCCAUUUACUGGAUGAUUAAUUUUGAUUUGAAUUAAUUUAGGUUUAUGUAUUUGAGAAAACGGAAGGCAUAGAUUUUUUCACUUCUUGUCAAAAACUAUAUUAUUGAUAAUUAAUUAGAUAAUAAACUAUUCAUUACUCAGGCGCUUUUUGAAACCCAUGUUGAUUACUUUUGUAUUUGACAUAAAGAAUGCUAAUUAAAUAAAUGUUUAUAUCUCAAGAUUUUCACGGUAUAUCCAUAUGUUUACUGAUUUAUUAUAAAUAUAUGUUGGAAAAUGGCCUCUAAUAAUUAAUAACGCUUAAAACAAAUUUUAAUAGGUCAAUCUAUAGUGAGCAAGUCUACAAUAAAAAUAGCAUGAGUUAAAAGAGGAAUUUUAUGACAUGAUGCGCACCGGUGUCUGCCCUUGAAUCAGAAUUUUCUACUUAUUUGAGGUCAUUUUAAGGACAGAUAACUUAUGCAUACGUAAAUGAAUUCUUGUUUUUCCUUCUGGAUAAUGUUUUUCUUCUUUUUUUGUUGAAUACAAUACAUAAUUACAUGCAAUUCCUUAUAUCGUUUCUGUUAAUUUUUUUCAAUGAAAAUAAAGGUACUUUAAAUUCAUAAAAAAUAGGCCAAUUUUUAAGAAAAAAUGCACAGGUUAAGAGAAGAAGUGGGAAAAAAACUAUCCACUCUAAAUUUGUUCUUGAAAUUUUGCAUAUUGACUAAGACGAAGGUAAGCUUCAUGAAAAUAAGAAGAAAAAAAUGUAUUGUUUCGCUUCAUUGUAAAUUAUCUGCCCUUGAAUUUAACGAAAAAGUCCAAUUCAAGGGCAGAUAACUCGAAAAUGAGAACGGUGACCCCAAAUUUUUUUCCGUUUAAAAUGUUUCUGUUAUCAUAUUCUAAUAACAUGCCAAGUUUAAAGAAAUUCUAUUGAACAGUUUUAAUUUUGCCUAUAUGUCUAUAUGAAAACUCCGGAAAACGUCUUUAA